UGUGUUUGUUUAUAUGCUUGUAUAAAUGUGUGUUUAUAUAAUUAAGUGUGUGAUAUUGAUCUUAGUUGAAUUAUGCUGGCAGGGCCACUAAUAGAACAUAAUGAUUGGCGUCACCCGGUAUGUGGGGGAUCGUUAUCUUUGUAUAUACGUGGUGAUUGCUACGUUAUUCAUGGGUGUUUUGUUGACCACAGGAACAUGUGACCCGAAUGUAUAAAGGGGGAGCCAUGGACAAGGGAGACCCUCAGAGAAAAUUUGGAAGGACCUCGAAGCAGAAUCGGAGGCCAAAUGUGCAAAAUGUCUGUCUCAUCUCUGGUGUUGGCCUUUGCUCUGCUCUCCGUGACCACGGAGCUGGGCGAAGGAGCUGGCACCCAGGAGGAUAGAACCAUGUGUGUGGGGAUGAGCGGGAUCCCAGGGACCCCAGGGCAACAUGGGGCCCCUGGGAGGGAUGGCAGGGACGGGAGAGACGGUGUGAUGGGAGCACCCGGAGCUAAGGGAGAUCGCGGCACUUCAGGAGACAAAGGCAUGAAUGGGGAGCCAGGUCUCCCGGGAAAGCUGGGCCCUAUUGGCCAGUCAGGGCCCAUGGGGCCUCCAGGAUUUACAGGUGAGAAGGGCGAACGAGGCGGCAAAAGCGAGAUUGGCGUGGGGCCCAGGUCAGCCUUCUCGGCAAAGAUGGCGCUUUCCAUACCGGCAACUGGGGUCCCCAUAAAAUUUGACGUCAUCAUCACCAAUCCACAGGGGCACUACAACCCCAUCACAGGGAAGUUUACUUGCGCAUCCCCUGGUGCCUACUACUUCACCUUGUUUAUGCACUCAAGUGCUAGUGGCCAUCUCGUGGUUAUGAUAAUGAAAAAUGGGCAAUUGAUAUCCAAUGUAUGUGCCCGCCCAGACGAGGAAAUUAGCGGUAGCGUCGUGCUGAGCCUCGAGACGGGAGAUCAGGUAUGGCUCGAGAUGAAAGCUCCGUACAUCAAUUUGUUCAAUGACGCGAACAGGGACGCGCUGUUCAGCGGCUUUCUCCUGUUCCCCAACUGAAUUGACUGCCAUUGUCAAAGAAGACAGAGUGAACACGUGCACACACUCAUAAACAUAUUCACGUGUGCAUGAACGCAUACAAGACAAAGAAUAGGCGCCCCCUAUUGUCUUUAACAUACUUAAGUUGAAAAUGAUGUUGGGGUUCAGAAAAUAUGUGGACAUGUUCCUGGGGAUCAGAUAUUAGAUUAUCAAAGUGCUAGAAGUUUAUUUUUUUAUUAAAGAGUGGUGUCUGAUCUUGGGACAGCAACCUGCAACUACCACCCAUAACUUACUGUGCUGAAUGGCUUUCCAAACCUCUGAGCAAAGCUUUGGUAAGCCUCCUCAUUCUCGGGAAUAGAAUGUUGCAAUCAGAGAGAAUAGAUCUACCACUAUCUUUCAGCUAGCUGGAACGCCUCCUCCUUCAGGAAUUGUGUGGAAGUCUGGAUCGGCUAUCCAAUGCCACCAAUGCAGCUGCACAAACCACAGUCUUGCAAAAAAGGGGAAGCUUCAAUUUCCAGCUACAAGUGAUGGUCAAAUUCUCGCUUCUAACUUUCAACAUAUAAAUGGGGUCAUUUGAGGAUGCUCGCUUCCACAUUGGAAGAAUGGCAGGCACAUCUUGCAGAUGAAAAGCUGAUGUUAGUGGCCAGAUCAGCUCAACAGUAUAUCCU